UUUCAUAGGCGCUAGGCCCAAUGAGUUUACUCAAUAUCCCAUGUGCAUGUGCCAACGCUUGUUUUCGCACACAUGGUGCUGUCGUUGAUGCACUGACGUGAAGUAUUUUUGUACUCUUCUCGAACCCCAAAUCCCACGAAGAAAACAUGGGUUUUUCCGACUUCUUUUUCUACCCGGAUUACUACGGGUUAGUGAAGACAUUUUUAGUAGAGAUGCCAGAAUAUUAUAGCACAGAACCGGUUCACCCGGAUGGAUUUCUCGGGGAAGUGCGGACAUAUUGUGAGGCGAAAUGGAGCGAUCUGUAUUUGGUUGUGCUGUUGGCCAUCACGUGGACCAUUCUCCGGUACCUGCUCACGUUGUUUGUUUUGAAGCCGACUGCUCUCAGCUGCAACCUCACUAAAGGCAAUGUCACUAAGAUGGCCGAGAGUUCCUGGCGCAUGUUUUUCUAUGUCAUCUCCUGGUCCUACGUCGCGUAUGUGGUCAGUCAGUCAGAAUUUGAUAUAUUUGGGGAUCCACCAUCUAUCUUUAAAGGCUGGCAACCAGCCAUGGUAGUGCCCCCUCUGAUCUACUGGGCCUAUGCAAUCGAAUGCAGCUUCUACCUGCACUGCUUCUUUGCCACCAUCUUCCUGGACGUCUGGCGGUCAGACUCGGUUAUGCUCGUCAUGCACCAUGUGCUCACCCUCAGCCUCAUAGGUUUCUCUUAUGCAUCCAGGUAUCAUAAUGUUGGCAUCUUAGUCUUGUUCUGCCACGAUUUCUGCGACAUCUGUCUGGAGUUUUCAAAGAUCAACAUUUACUUCAAGAUCAGGGCAGAUGGAACGUUUCACGGAAUCCACGAAUUUUUAGCCAACGUUGGCUUUGUCGUGUUCACCUCAUCUUGGCUGGUGUUGCGCAUGUACUGGUUCCCGCUGAAGGUCCUGUACUCUAUCCUGCCAUCAACGGCCAAGAUCUACUACACGGACCAUCUACCAUUUGGCAUGGAAUUCAACAUCAUGCUCUGGCUGCUGUUCGGAAUGGACAUCUAUUGGUUCUCUUUCAUUGUCAUCUUCCUGGUGAGGAUUGUCACGGGCUCCAUGAAGGAGCUGGAAGACAUUCGGGAGGAGACAGACGAGGAGGUGCUGAAGAUAAAGAAGACCAAGGAGCUAGAGGAACUGCAAAAGAAGGGCGGUGCAGAGACCACAGAACAAGUCUGCAACGGGGUUGUUGAUGGCACCAUCAAGAAUGGCGACGGACUGAAGCAACGCCAUCCACAUCCAGACGAGAAUGGCAAGGAUAGUCACUAAGGGAGGAGGGCGCUGAGAUGUCAACUGAUGUUAGUCAGGUGCACGAAACAUCUGUGAAGAGAAUCCCCUCUAGAUGGUAGUAUUUCAUCAAUAAAAAAACAAACAAACAAACCAACUAUGGCAUAGAAUGUAUUGAAAUGGUGUGCCCAGGAUUUCCUAAAGGUUUUUUAAGUCCACCCAAAAUCUUCUGGUGAACUUUGGCUUGGGACUACUGUGCCCUGAAGGGUCCCCCUGUGUAAUGUUGGAUUAAGAUUAAAGACGUCUCAAAUAAUGGAGAAGGUUGAUUAGUGGUAUAACAUUUAGUCGUUUUUAACUUAGAUUUUCAAAUUUGCAUCUCACCAAGCCCUGUUUGUCAGUUUUGGGGGCAUCCUUGAUUAAAAUAUUUUCGGAAUACGUUGAUCAUGAAAUAUAUUUUGUACAUUUGCAAGAAUCAGUAACUAUUUGAAUCAGUAUCCGUUUUUCCCUCGCAGACUGGAGAGUGCAUGGCAUAAGCAACAGAAAAAAAUACUUGCAAAAAUUGUUGAAAAAAGAUGUCUUUGUCCUUAUACAUGUAAAAAUAAGAUUUUAUACGUAUUUAUGACCAUGAAUUUAGAGAUGUAAUUUGUAAUUUUCAAAAAGUGACAUUGUAAGAUGUGUAUUCUGCACGAGAAAUGUACAAGUUUAGUAAAGAAGUGUCGUGUUGCUCAGUGAUCCGGACAGGUCUUUGUUUACAACUUGCACCACAAAUGUGGAUUCAUUUUGUAUCUCCCUCCAAGUUGAUUGCUACUAAGUGAGCCUUAAAGCAUGUAAUGAAGAAAUACCUAGCUCGGUCAGAGACCACUGCUCCACUUUCUUGCAGUUGCUGAUGAAAAAUACUGCUCAGCAAAUUUCACUUGCUCAGCAAAGUACCAGUAAGAAAUAGCCUAGAGUAGUACACAUCACAUAGGCUGUGUCCAAACAACUUGGCACAAGAGUCUUCGGUAGUGGCUGCAGCCAGUUUCCACAGAGUUGUGCGUAAUUUUAAGCCGCAGCCAAGUGAUUUGGAUGCAGCCAAAUUUUUGGCUCAUAACCUGGUAAAAUUUCUUUGCUCAGUAACAGAGGGAUCUGGUCAAGAGUAUUAUGCAUCACUAAGUUUAGCUGGUGGCUUGGGCCCAAUUUCACGGCGCUGCUUACCGUUAAGCAAAUUUUUUGCUAACCGUAACACAAAAUAGUGCUUUACCCUGAUAGUCCCAAAUCGUCUGAUUUCAAUGUAAUUUUAAUGGUGAACAUUUUACGGUUACAUGAGUGCGAAUGGUGAUUUCCCUUGUUGCGUCACUAAGUUAAGCACAUUUUCCUCCAAGGUAAGCAUGCUUUUUGCUGUGCUCACUGCUUACGGUCUCCAUGAGAGAUGUGGAGCCUCUGUUAGUGUAAAAUUGUGUGCUCAGCAGUGCCUUGAAAUUGGGCCCCGCUAAAAAUUUCUGUGCUCAUGAGUUCAUGACAUUGAUCACGGGUGCCAACUUCCAACAUGAACUGGCAGACUUGCACAGAAUAUGCAUUUGCCAAACUCAAUUUGGCACAAAGCCUCAGCCAGACAUGGUUAAGAGUGACCACUCGGUGAGACUCUUCUGGCCAGCAAAUUGCAAGCUCCAGUGGUCUCUGUCAUCAGGCUGUUUCGACACAAACCGACUUAGUUUGAUUUGAAAUGGUGUAGUUUUAUCUGGUGCAAGAAUGCCAUAGCUAAAAGAAGAUGAAGGCACAAACUGCAGUGGCAUGCAAGGCCAGACUGUCAUUUGACCAACAAGCUUAUGCUCAUGCCCAGAUAUGUUGUGCCAAUGCAUUUUGUCCAUUGUUCCCCCCCCUCACCUGUCACUGUUUUAUUGCAUGUACAGUCUCCGCUGUUGUAGUCUUUAUGGUGACCCUCGGGAAAAGUUCCUGUGAUCUCAACAGGUGUCCUGUCUGGACUAUUUUUCACCGGGGAGAUGCAGAUUUGAAUUAUAUUUUGGUUGCCCUCCACCAUCAUAACCACCAGCUGACUUUGAAGACCCUGGUUGAUGAAUAGUCUAGACAUCUGCAGCAGUAUGCAGCAGGUCACGGGUCGAGUCCCCACUGGAGGAACCUUUCAAAUUUUUUAUCUCUCUCAAGUUUACAGAAAGUAUCAAGCAUACAGUGCUUACCACGUGUAAGUUAUGUGGGUGAAGGGCGAAAAAACGUUGAUUCAAAAGAAACCCUGGCUUUGCUUUACAGUAUUGUAAGUGUAACAUUGUAGCUUUUUGUUUUGGGGAUGAUUGGAGCAGUUCGCUUUGAUGGACUGCACAUGACUUUAAGCACGAUACCUUGCUACAUUAUCAGCAGGUAGCAGUGGCAAGGACUCGAGGUUCCAAUCCACAGUGCAGACAGUGAGUACAUGAGCCACUCUCAUAGACUUCACAAAUUGCCAGGUGAUUUGCCACAACCUCUGUGUUUCAACGGAAAUGAAUGUGGCUGUGGUGAAGUAAUGAUCCGGCCUUUGGACACAACCAAUUAGAUCUUCGGUGUGCCACAUGCUGUUCUGCUAAACCUGCGUGUAUAAGUUCUGUAGACGGAAUGCUUGCUUGAAAAAGCCUAAACAUUUGUAAAGGAAAUUUAUAUGGGAUGAAUUUCGUAUACUUAUUUUUACGACUUCUAAUCUGUCAAAAGCGCCUUAAUAUUGUUGAGUAUGAAACAGCUUUGCAUUGACAUCAGAGAACUUUUGUGCUGUUAGCUUUGUUUGGGGAUGAAUGAGGCAGUCUGUAUACAGUUUGGUUGGAUUUUGAUUGACUGCUCAUGACCUGACUAUGAAGCUGCAUGGAAAUAUGACAAAACGACUACAUUUUAUCUUUUGCGUUCAGGAAUGUUGAAGAUUCUGUAGUCAUUGCAUGCUGUAUAUUCUGUCUCACAAAUGCUCAGCGAGCAAGAAGUCAGUUACAAAUGUCCACCUGUUCAUUUCCAAACACUGAUAGUCCAACUCCUAAUUGCUGGAGGUGGAUUCAGCCCAUGGGCGAGUUGUAGACUUCUCAUUGUAAAUCGUCAGAAUUAGCUUUGAAACAAGAGAGGUGGGAUGUUUCCCGAGAGCAUGCCCAAAAGUACGGCAGCUUUAUUAUGUACAGGACUUGAGAAAUAAGGACAACUUGUUUUUUUUUUCCUUUUAAAUGGCAAAUGGACGUAGUGUUUGGAAAUAAACAAUUCAAAUUUGUGGGGGCUUGGAUGUUGACUUUGCAUGUCCAAUUGAAUCUUUAGCUUCAUUUGCUUUGAUUUUUAUAACAUGCUGUUCUAUUCUGUAUUUGUAUUUUCAUUAGCAAACACUGGUAAUGAUAUCUGAACAGCACAGGUAAACCAGGUGCCACUCAUUGCUUGUAAAAUUAAAUUAAAGCUCAUUAAAGCUGGGCCUGACAGAGUGAAAAUGCAGCCUUACAGUGAAAAUGCUUUUGACAUUAAAAUGGCUGAUUUAAUGGGAGUGUUUAAAAAGUUGUUUCAGUGAAUGGCGCAAGAGUGACACACCUUAUCCAUCCUUUUGUACAUACUUAUUGGCAGUUAAUGUGCAGUUAUGCAAUUGAGCUAUACAUUAGUGUUAACAAGCAGGAAUCUCGGUUAAUGGGUUAAAUGAGUCAUUAAACAUAGAGGAGUCAAAGAUUGUAUGUUUUUGUUUAGACUACAGUGUAGGAGCUUAUGGUGACCACAGAAUUUUCAUGUCGGAGGUGGUGUCGCUAAAUAUUUUAAAAUCAGAUAUUGUACCAUAUCAUUACAUUCUGUGGCAGUGCGUUGGCAGUUUUUGUCUUUGUAAAUACCUUUGAUAUCAUAAUGUCUUAUGAUCAAUUUUGCAACUCUUGAAAAUCAAUUUGAUUUGGAAGUAUUACAGGUGUCUCGUUUUCAGUGCCAUGUAGGACUUGGUCUGGUUCCCUGGGCCAUCUUCCAGGAACCAUGGGUGUCACCCACAGAUCACAUUAAUGGUGCCACGGUGCAACGCUAUAUGAUCAUUGGUUGCACCACGGUAGGUGUUUUAAACUACAGUACCCCCUUACUUAAAGCUUGCCUUUUCCACAAAAAUAUGCGUUGUGAUGAGACUGGCAACUUUGCUUCAUGGGGUAAUAUUGAGUGGGAAAACCAAACGCCACUGUGUUGCACGACAUUUCACCAUGGUUUGGUUGCUUGGCAUCAUCAUUUGGCACUUUUUGAAAUGGGUAUCUUGGCAAGGACAGCUGAAGGUUAUGGUGGUGUGUACCUGCACAAUCCUGCUUUGCACUUGACUGCAACAGCAGGACCUACACAGUGAAAAUGAUGUAGGGAGUAUCUUAACUGACACCUUCCCCCCUUUCAUUUUCGAUCUAAGUCUGAACCCCCCCCCCACCCGAGAUCUGCUCCUGCUCUUGGCCUGGACACCCACACCACUGUACAAGUGAUUUCUACUGCACAGCAUUAUGAUGGAUAAGCUUAGUCUUGGUCCAAAGAUUUCUAGAGGUUUUUUUUUUGGGGGGGGGUUUCUUAUAGAUUUCUGGCCUGUGAAUGGUGACGUGGGAAUAUCAUUGAAUAGGAAAGGAACAAAAGGAGCAAUAUGCCGUCCUCCAUUGCACAUCUGCUCGAAACCAUGGGUACUUUGACAAGUUCAUAGGUGCCUUGCACAAGAGAGGCCGCUUUACCACCUAGCCGUAAAGUUCCUUGGGCUUGACACGCUGCAUGCACACACUUGUUCAUGUACAUAAUGGCGAUGAGAAUAUUUGAAUAAUUUCAAGCCAGAAGGGUUACACCGUCCCAGUCGCUGGCAUCCAAGCAACAGCUCAACCUCUCAUCACUAGUGAAUUGAAAGAGCAUAUGUGCACCAAGUCUAUAAACAAAUCUAGUGACAUUACAUUGAACAUUUCCAAAGGCCACCAUUCAUGAUGGGAAGCAUUGUACUGGAUUUUGUACAUAGCAGCUGUCACAGAACAAUGGCUUCGAUAAUUAUCACAAUGCUAACCAUGUGCUGGGGCGUUUCUGAACGACCAAUUGUGACUUUACGAUAGUCAUUGGAUUUGCCUAUAACCAAGGAUUCAACUAUAGUCUUACUCAGUGUAAUUUGUGAUUCCUUGCCUUAAUGGUUUUCUGUCAUGAUGAAUGGUGUCCUUCAGGAAUAACCUUGUACUUUCAUAAGCCCGCCGCCUCAUUCCCAGACUGCCCCAGGUGCUGUAGCCAUUGGUAGGCUGUGACACCCCCCUAUCAAGGGCCAAGUUCAGUCAGCGACCAUUUGUGGAACCAUUAGUCUAUUCUCUCUGGUAACACUGCACAAACUGUUUAUUGGGUUCCAGGCAAAACCAACUUCUUGUUUGUCACUGAUCAAACUUGGCCAAGUAUGGGCAUCACUUGGCUCAUGAGCAGAAACCUAAACAAAAUAUUUUUAAAUAAGUUCCGGGUCAAAGUUAUUGAUCAUGCCGAGGAAUGGUGUAAAAAGUAGAUGCUUGAAGCAUUAACUAGAAUAUAGUAUUCUACAGUGUGAAUAGUUGUGAUUUAAAACUAAUGAAACUGAAAAAUGAAAAGCAUACUACAUAAAUAGCUUGUGAUCAUUUUUUUAAGAUACUGUACUCUGUAAGGGUUGUCUUCCUCUUGCUGGUCCUGUAUAGUGUGUGUAAAAAUGGAGAGGUUUAGUUAACUUUCAAGCUGGACUAGUUUUUGGAAGGUGCAUAAAGAUUUCACCUACCUUUGUUGGCCUUCGUUAAAGCUUGCAUCGAGAGUCCCUUUUCAUUGAUGUCAUUUUGAUUGGAUGAAUACCGAUACUGUUAUUCUUACUGAUAAAUUUUGACAGCAUUUGUGGAAUGUCCACUUGCUUUUUUGUUCUUUUUUUUGUUGGAGUAAUCACAUAUUUGAUUUUUUUGGAUAUGCACUGUUUAAAUUGAUCACACAGCGGCCUGGAAUGUUUGGAAGGUGCACUAAGGAGUGAGCAGCCAGACUUUGUUUUUAGAUUUAGACGAUGUGGAUAAUUAGUUGUUCGAUUUUUUGUUGUAAUAAUUUCUCUAGUGUGUUUAAGUGUAAUUGAUCAUUGUAAUAAAAAGUAACAGAGAAUAAUGUAUGGUA